UUUACGCACGUGAACUUCCCGUACAUGAACGAUGAGCUUUACAGGUUCCAAGUCAAGCUUACGAAUUUUCUUUCCCGUCUCAUAAUCUUCACGCAACGAAUGUUUCUGAUCGACUACUUUGUUUCUCCUGAAUUCUCACUUUCCUUAUUAUAAGCAAAUUAAUGUUUGUGUAACGCUCAAAAGUUUUCCUAAUGGCUAACCUGCAAAUGGUCAACUAUGCAGCUGCUUCUUCUUCUUCUUCUUGUGUGGCUUCUCUCAAAAGUUAUGAUGUUUUUCUUAGCUUUCGAGGCGAGGACACUCGCGGCAACUUCACAAGCCAUCUCUACGAUGCUCUCAUCCAAGCCAAACUUGAAACCUACAUAGACUACAGGCUUCAAAAGGGUGAGGAAAUCUCGCAAGCACUCAUCGAAGCCAUUGAAGAGUCGCAGGUAUCCGUUGUGAUCUUCUCAGAAAAGUAUGGUACCUCCAAAUGGUGCUUGGAUGAAAUCACCAAGAUUAUGGAAUGCAAGGAGGGUCAAGGACAAGUUGUUAUACCCGUCUUCUAUAAAAUAGAUCCAUCUCAUAUAAGGAAGCAACAAGGUUCUUUCAAUAAAGCAUUUGAAGAACAUAAGCGAGAUCCGAAUAUCACAAAUGAUAGGGUGCAAAAAUGGAGAAGUGCUCUCACAAAAGCAGCCAAUUUGGCUGGGUGAGACUCGAUAACUUAUAGGACCGAGGCCAAAUUCAUUAAGGACAUUGUCAAAGAUGUACAAACUGAAUCUCAUAUCCGAUUGAAACGAAAGGACUGAUUGGAAUUGAAAGAAACUAUGCGGAGAUUGAA